CCAGGGAAAGUAAUUUUAUUUACGUAGUUGCCAGUACAAUGUGCUGUUUAAUUACGUUAAUUUCAAGGUUGGAGUCGUUAAUGGAGGCUUCUGCCAAGGUGGAAGUGAUUAAUGAAUCUCUUAGACCUUUAUUAGAAUAUUUUCGCUAAUUGAGUCAUUAAGUUUCCAGUAGUAGCAGCAGAAUGCCGAAGUCGUGGGAAACUGCGCGCCUCGUUAAAUUGAAGGCAGGUGCCCACAGAGACGUCAUUACUGAGCCUGAAUUCAUCUGCAUUAGCACGGAGACCCGAAAACUGCAAGGAACAGAAGACCAACCCUCUAGCCUUGUGAGGAGGGCUUCAGGAUAAGGACCAGCCCUCUGGCUAUAUGAGGUGGGCUUUGGCAUAAGGACCAGCCCAUGACAGGUCAGUGGUACGGGUCACAUGGUCAGGAAGACUGAAUGUUCUUCGAUUUUACUGGGGCGAGGAUAUAGAAGGAGAAGAUCCAUGUCAUUUGGAUGUUGGUGAACGUUGUGAGAACGCAGAGUUGCAAAGGCAAGGUAAACGGUCCGCUGGCUUUCUCACUUGGUCGCCUUGCGUAAGGACCUCUUAGUAGCUGUAGCCAUGGACCGCAUGGAGCUGCAGAAGAUCCCAAAUGAAGUGGAUGACAGCAGCAACGACAGUCUGAGCGGUCAAUACACUGAACCUUUCGAGUGUGAAAAGGCAACCAUCAACAGCCAAUUUUGUGAUGAAGGCGCAGAGAGUCAAAGGUUUCUUCCGAAUGGAGUUACAAAUAAAAAAUACGAAGCCUCCCAUGAGGAAUAUCAUCCUGGCCACGCUUCCUUUGGGAUGUCAGUAUUUAACCUCAGCAAUGCCAUCAUGGGCAGCGGGAUCCUGGGCCUCUCCUAUGCCAUGGCCAACACGGGCAUCCUGCUCUUCAUAAUCCUACUCUUGAGUGUGGCGAUCCUUUCCCUGUACUCUAUCCAUCUCCUGCUGAUGACGGCAAAGGAAGGACGUUCCCUGAUAUACGAGACUCUGGGCGAGAGAGCUUUUGGUUGGCCAGGCAAAAUGGUGGCCUUUGGCUCAAUAACUCUGCAAAACAUUGGAGCUAUGUCCAGCUACCUCUUCAUAGUGAAGUACGAGCUGCCUGAGGUGAUCCGUGCAUUUAUGGGCCUGGAGGAGAUCUCUGGGGAAUGGUACCUGAAUGGAAACUACCUGGUGGUGUUUGUGUCCAUGGGCAUCAUUAUGCCCCUGUCCCUCCUCAAAAGCCUGGGCUACCUUGGCUACACCAGUGGAUUUUCCCUCUCCUGCAUGGUGUUCUUCUUGGCAGUGUUGAUGUAUAAGAAGACUCAGGUCCCCUGCCCGCUGCCCAUCCUUGACCAUCACUCCUCUAACCAUAGUCUGAAUGGGUCUUUGAUGUUACCACACCUCCUCCCCAAUGCCUCGGGGGAGGUGGGCUUCGCUCGGGCUGACCUGCCCAUGCCCCCAGCCCCACCCAGCCUGCCCAGUGACCAUGUCUCAGAGGUGCACUAUGAAGAGUACGGGUCCAAUGACAUGUGCACACCCAAGUACUUUGUGUUUAACUCUCAGACGGUGUACACGGUGCCCAUCCUGGCUUUUGCCUUCGUAUGCCACCCGGAGGUGCUGCCAAUCUACAGCGAGCUAAAGGAGCGCUCCCGUCGGAAGAUGCAGCGUGUGUCCAACCUAUCCAUCUUAGCCAUGCUCGUCAUGUACAUGAUGUCUGCGCUGUUCGGCUACCUCACCUUCUACGAGAAUGUAGAGCCUGAGCUAUUGCACACGUUCACGAAGGUGUACCGCUUCGACACACUUCUGCUCAUGGUGCGGGUAGCGGUGCUGAUGGCCGUCACACUCACCGUGCCCAUCGUGCUCUUCCCCAUUCGCUCCUCUAUCGUAACCCUGUUCUUCACCGGCAAGCGGUUCAGCUGGAUCCGGCACAUUCUCAUCGCCGCCGCCAUCCUGACGUUCAACAACCUCCUGGUGAUUUUCGUCCCCAGCAUUAGAGACAUCUUUGGCUUCAUCGGAGCCACUGCUGCCACCAUGUUGAUAUUCAUCAUGCCAUCUGCCUUCUACCUCCGGCUCGUCAAGUCCCUCUCCUUCCGGUCACCUCAGAAGAUCUUAGCCACCAUAUUUCUUAUAAUGGGCUUGAUCUUCAUGAUGGGAAGUUUGAGCCUGAUUGUUCUGGACUGGAUCCACAACCCUCCCGGCACAAACGGUCAUUAAAGCCCAGGACCGAGCAGGCUGCAGACACGGAGGGGCAUGGGGACUAAGAAUUUGUGUGCUGCACAGACUCUUACUGUGAAACGGCCUCCAUCCCCAAGGAGUAUUAAAGAUACUCUAUUUGCUUCUGAAGGAGAGUCACCUCCUCAUGUGUUUUUUUAAUGUUCUGGAAUGAUCUAUUUUGUGGUAACACUUCUUCUGACAUCGGCGGUACAAGUCCGUGAAGGUAGACCGGAGGGGUCGUCAAUGUCAACCAUCUGAAACGUGUCACAGUGACCAGCCAAGGCUGGAUGUGUCAUCCGCACGCAGCCAAUCAAAUCCGAGCGUGACCUCGGAGAUGAUCUGGUGAGGUGAUGAUGGCGGAAAGAGUCCUGGAGUGAGCAGAUGUGGCACCACGCUGACGCAUCAUGAACCCGGUUUGCUGUUUUGCGGAAUUCGCAUCAGUCAUCAGCCAAGAAGCACUUUCUGGACAUUUUUAUUUUCACGUCAGGGCAGGAAGCCUCUGCUUUCCUCCAAGUGAUGCACAAGGUUUUGAUGUUUUAUUUCAUUACUUCACAGGCAACAAUUUGCCAGUUAUACUGUAGCUGAAAGUAAAAAGUAUCCUUUUUUUAAAUAUUCGUUCUAUGUAGUUUUCUAUCUUUUUUUUUAAAGCUUUGAAUCUUUCUUAUCAGACAUAUCAACAUCACUUGGGUUUACCGUGUUACUGUGCGGUAUGUCUGACCAGGUGCUGUGACACGUGAGGAUCUAUGUGCUAUCCGGUGUGACUUCAGGAAUUUAUCAAUUUUCUUAAAUUAAUGUGAGCACUUUUAAUUUCUCUGUCAGAAUGUGAACAACUCAUGAAGUCAACCGAGAAUACUAUUUUAUUAUUUUAUGAGUAUUUUUAUACAUAAGUUAUAACCUGUUAUAUAAAUAUGUACUUGCCUUCAGCUUUAACAUACUUUGCUAAGAAGUUACAUUUAACUUUCUGAUCCAGCUCAGUUAUAUAAAUAGUUUUUUUUCUAAUUCCCAGAUUACACCUACAUGUAAUGGUUUUUUUGGUACUGAUAACCGAUGUGAUAACGUGAUAGUUUAUGUAAUCUGUUGGUCAUGUAUCCUCAGUCUCUCAUGCACCCAGACAGGAAUGUGUGUAAGCUUUAUACAGUUUGUAAUUGUGUAUAUGUACAUAAUUUUGCGUAAUAAAUGUGUUGAUUUGACUCA